CCGUACAGGCUAUCCGUACUUCACAAUGAGGAACUCCAUACAGAGAGGAGAAGGAGAAGGAGGAGGAAGAAAAAGAGCGGUAGGCGCCGAGCGACAGCGUUACUUCGGACCAUGACUGGACCAGAGGCAGAACUAGACCAGAACAGACUCCAGGCCAGGCCAAACCAAAGGCGCCGAGGACGGGCAUGCAAGUCUGCAGCCGCUCCAGCUGCAAAUGCAAGGCAUGCCGCAAGCUCGCAAGAUCAGGAACUUGAAAGAUGGCUUUGCGUCCUUGGCCUUUGGUAUCCAUCCGAAGGGAAGCGGCGGCGACAGCAGCGGCAGCAGCAGCGGCAGCAAAGCACGGGCAUUGAUGGUGUCUGUCGCAGCGCAGCAUGGAAGGAUUGA